ACGCGAUCAAUGCAUGAGGUUCACUUUGCGCCAGACCACACCUCAACGACAUGCCACCCCACAGUAGAGGGGAGUCACUUCCUUCUGGGUUCUACUCGAAAUCCACACCUAAUCUGCCUACCUUGACGUCAUUCGAUGGGCAGAGUCGCGAUGACAGCACAGUAGCAUCCCCUCCACGCUCGGCGACUCGUCCAGGAGCAACUCCUCUAUCGCCAAUUUCGAAUAGCGCGCUCUCCGAGGCGGCGUCCGUAGAGGAUAACCAAGAUGAAGACGAGGACCCUUUCAUGGUGGAGGACGUAGUUAGCGAAGAUGAAGAAGACGAAGAGGAGCCAGCGCCCACGUCUCGACCACUACAGAGCUCCAAAUCGUAUAGUCACCUCCCGCGACAUACUGCGACUGCGCUGUUCCCGCCCUUCUACAACAGGCCUCCGACACCGCUACCGCCGUCUCCAUCCUUGACAUCCCUACUUCGCCCCGCGUUCAGCCGCCCAACCUCGAGGCCUACAACACCAGAUUCAUCGGAUGUAGAAGGGUAUACUAGAGCUGGGUCGCAUACCACAGGCACAAGCACACCCACGAACCUCGCGAGCUCGGCACGGCAUGCGCCGACGGUACCCCGGGCCUCGCCGAAAGUGCCUACAUACGAGUACUAUGGCUUUGCACUGUACCUAGGCAGCUCGGCUGCCUUCCUCAUGUACAUCCUCUGGGCCUAUGUACCAGCCCCGAUGCUGCAUCAGAUGGGCAUUCACUACUACCCAAACCGGUGGUGGGCACUCGCGGUGCCAUGCUGGCUGGUCGUGCUAGUCAUCUACAUCUACGUUGCCCUUGCAAGCUACAACACGCGCUACCUCACCCUACGGCUGAGCAGCUGCGAGAACCUCGUCGAUGAAUGCGCACAGAUAGCCGUUGUUGAUCGGCUGACUGGGAAGAUAGUACGCGAACCCGUGCUAGUCACCGACAAGCUACACGACAAGGAUAAGGAAAAAGGCACUAGAGCCAGUGCACCUCCCAGCCGACGAAACUCUUUCUCGGCAUAUCAAUUUAGCGCACAAGAUGAAGUGGACUGGAAAGGCUUCUGGAGCACGGGGACAGAUGCCGUGAUGGAUGUGCCAAUUGGCGGCGUCUGCGAGAUACUCUACGGCAGCGACAGAUGAUUAACGUAUCGUCAUUCUGACUACUACUUAUUCAGCGCGACUGUCAUUCGCGGCCAAAGAUACCUUGUGCGCGGAAAAAGCUUGUCGCGGGCAGUGGGUCGCUCUAACCCCCACUUACACCUGCCCCUCCCGAACUGCGAGAUUCGGAAAGAACCAUGCUUCUCAGGCAAGCGCCCCGCUACAUUAUGGGCUGUUUGUUCUUCGGAUUGGGCGGAUGGCUCCUGCUAUCUAGCUGCUGUAGCUUAAUCCCGAGCUUGGUUUACUUACUCAGCGGGGCAUGCAGCGAGAUA